CCCACCCAGAAGUAUAUCCUCAAUUCAUACGAAUCAAGCCGACCCGCACCCACUACUAAACACUAUUCAAUACUCCCAAAUUCCCACUAUCGAAAAACUCCCCCUUACUGAUCGAAAUCACUUCACUCAUGAAGAAAUCACUCCCGACCCACCUUAGGUCACCAGAAGAAGCUGCAUCAAGGCCGCCGCAGCCUGGAUCUAGGGACAAUGAAGAAAGUGAAUCCGAAUCGACGCUCCAAUUUAUUACUGAGACUGGGACAUCUCGACAUAAAGGGCAGGUUCUCCGAAUCAUUCGUGGACAAGCCAGGCAAUACAGGCGCAGAAAUCAAAACUUGCCUUCGAAGCGCAUGAUCGGUGCGCAUCAUCCUAACACCAAAUCGAACAAAAUCAAACAGAAUUCCACAUUAGACACCCGACGGCUACUUGCCAACCUUGCAAUCAAAUAUGUAAACCCUGAACCAAGCGGAGGUCCGGCGAGUAGCAGGGUCGACCCAUUCAAUGUGUUACCUCUUGAUGGUCGUGGCGUUUCCCAAAGCUUGAUUUUCCAAUAUCACACAGCUUUGGUUAUCACAGAGCAUGUUUUCUCGCCAUUCAGAUCGAAUUUUCAAAAAGCGCGGUUUCUUAACCUCGCAAUAUCAGACUCCGCAGUCUUACAUACGUUCUUGGCAACUGUAGCCAACAUGUUAGGGACCAUGUCUGGCAGAGACUCGAGACUAGAUAUGCACUACCAUCUUGGCCAAGCAAUCACCAUAGUGAAUAAACGGAUUUCAAAUUGCGAUUAUAAAGCAGUCACCAAGGAAACCGUAAUGGCCAUCGCUUGGUUAACCAACAUGGGACGAUGGUCUAUGGAUAUGACUAGUCUUACAAUCCAUUAUGAUGGCCUAGAAGUUCUAGUAAAGAGCAAAAUUCAAGAGCUAGUCGGCGACCCGUUCAUACUGAAUCUCACUUUGUGGACCGAUAUCUUUUGUGCUAUUGCCACGGGAUACGAACCACGCUUCCGAUACCUCGUUCAAGUUCCUCUUGAUAUCGAUCAUAAAGACUUGGAACCCCUCAGUCUCUUGGGGGUACGGUACAAGAUUAAACUAUCUAAUCUUACAGGUCUGCAGGAUCUAAGCAACGAGACUGUUGAGAUCUGGCGCAUGCUGCGGCAGCUGAUAGCUAAGGAACAGAGAACAGCGGAGUCACAAACAACGAACUUCACGGAAGCAGAACACAAUUGCAUUCAAUGCCCUGACCGACUCGUUUAUCGAGUGCUCGCGCUCUCUCAAUGUAGAGUUCCCGAUUCGCCGAAUCAUAAUGCAGUCAUUUUCAUGUUAUUUGGAUAUGCAGCUCUGUCACAUGUUAUACUAUUUUCACGAAAUGUGCCCCCUUGGUUUUACCUGCAGGUGGAUACCGGCCCGCGGGAACGAAUACUGCAGAAACUGAAACGAAUGGGAAUAGUGAUAGAGACGAUCGACCUACGGGCAUUUCAGAUUGCGUAUCCAGAGAUGAUGCUUUGGAUCAUCAUGAUGGGGGGCUUGACUACCAUUGGGAUGGAAGCGCAGGGGAGAUAUGCUAGCCUGCUAGCAGAGGCAUGCUAUGCUGCUGGGAUUACCGGGACAGCCGAGCUUGCUAUUUCCUUGUCUGAUUUUCUGUGGACAGAUCUGUAUCUUGAUACUACUUACAAGAGGUUCUGGGAUGCGGUUGGUGUGCUCUGGGAUGCUGUUGCGGCGGCACAUGGACUUGCUAGAAGCUGGAAAUGAGAUGGGCAGGUGAGGUUUAAGGGCUUAAUAUAAACCUCACGUAAAUAUCUCGAGCCUUACAUUAUCGGUUAAAAAUGAUUCUUACGCCAA